AUGUCGUCGGUGCCCACAAGGGUGCUCCCUUCGCUGUGUCGCGCCACAAACCUCGCACGCUCGAGGUCGUCGCCGCUGGCCCGUACGCUGCUCCCUAGGCUCCAGGGCCAGGCGAGAUGCUAUGUCUCGUCUUCAGGAAAGAAGAAUGCUGCUGUCAAUGCCGCUGUCAAUGUCGAUAUACAGAACAGGGCGAUUGACACCCAGGACUUUGUCAACAAGACUGGCGGGAUGAAGCCGUCGGAAAUGUCAAUUGGGAACGGAUUGACUGCCGAUGCCAUGAUGUCGCCUUCUGCAGGGAUCCUCAAGCAGGCCACAAUAAUGGACGAAGGCACCCGCCCCAUCUACCUUGACAUGCAGGCCACCACCCCCACCGACCCCCGCGUCCUCGACGCCAUGCUCCCCUUCUUCACCGGCCUCUACGGCAACCCGCACUCGCGCACCCACGCCUACGGCUGGGAGACCGAGAAGGCCACCGAGGAGGCCCGCGCCAACAUUGCGCGCCUCAUCGGUGCAGACCCAAAGGAGAUCAUCUUCACCUCGGGCGCCACCGAGUCAAACAACAUGAGCAUCAAGGGCGUCGCCCGCUUCUACAAGAGCAAGAAGAAGCACAUCAUCACCAGCCAGACGGAGCACAAGUGCGUGCUCGACUCGUGCCGCCACUUGGAGAGCGAGGGCUUCGAGAUCACGUAUCUCCCGGUGCAGCAGAAUGGCCUGAUUGAUCUGAAGGAGCUGGAGGCGGCUAUUCGCCCGGAUACGGCGUUGGUGUCGAUCAUGGCGGUUAACAACGAGAUUGGGGUCAUUCAGCCGAUGGAGGAGAUUGGGAAGCUGUGUAGGUCGAGGAAGGUCUUUUUCCACACGGAUGCAGCGCAGGCGGUGGGAAAGAUCCCGAUGGAUGUCAAUAAGAUGCAGAUUGACUUGAUGUCUAUCUCUGGACACAAGGUGUACGGACCGAAGGGAAUUGGCGCCUGCUACGUCAGGAGGCGACCAAGGGUCAGAAUCGAGCCUUUGAUCUCGGGAGGUGGACAGGAGCGUGGUCUCCGAAGUGGAACUCUUGCGCCACCCCUCGUCAUCGGGUUUGGUGAGGCCUGCCGUAUUGCUUACGAGGAACUCGAGUACGACCACAAGCGCAUCUCAGCCCUCUCCAAGCGCCUCUCAGACGGCCUCCUCGCAAUGGAGCACACAACGCUCAACGGCGACCCCAGCGCGCGCUACCCCGGCUGCGUCAACAUCUCCUUCGCCUACGUCGAAGGCGAGUCGCUCCUCAUGGCGCUCAAGGACAUUGCGCUCUCCUCCGGCUCCGCCUGCACCUCUGCGUCGCUCGAGCCCUCGUAUGUCCUCCGCGCGCUCGGCUCCAGCGACGAGAGCGCGCACAGCAGUAUCCGCUUCGGCAUCGGAAGGUUCACGACGGAGCAGGAGAUCGACUAUGUGCUGAAUGCGGUCAAGCAGCGCGUUACGUUCUUGAGGGAGCUGAGCCCGUUGUGGGAGCUGGUGCAGGAAGGGGUGGACUUGAAUACGAUUGAGUGGAGUCAGCAUUAG